AACAACAAGGCAAUGGCGUCGUAGCCAGUGUUUCUGAGCGGGAAAAAGAAAUCCUAAAAGGCUAAAACCUCUCGAUGAGAAACACCCUAAUUUGAAAACGAAAAUUGAAAUGAGAGGUCGAAGCUCCGCUUGUCAGUCAAUACGUCUUUGAAAUCUGUAUGGCGUUCUCUCCUCUCCCCCCUCAAAGUGUCCCCACCGACAACGACGGAAACAAAGAAGAUGGCUGCUCAUCUCACUUUCUGAAAACUGUGUGCUUGCAGGAUUGGUGGUUGAUUAAAGCCGAUAAGGACUUUGAGGGGAAAAGACUGGCUGUCGCGGGCUUGACAUCUAGAGGGCAGCAACAAAUGAGAGUGUUUUACUCUGCACCCAUUACCAGAAGAUUUGAUAUCUUCACCCUUGAAACAGCUGAUGGGAUUUAUGUCAUGAUCCAAGGCUUAUUGAACAAGUUGAGGACCGUAGAAAAUGGUUUUUCUUCUGAGGCUUCUAGUCAUUUCUUGUUCGGCUUUCCAAUGUAUUGGGAAGAAUAUGCUAAAAAGUAUUUCAGGGAAGAGCCUUCUAAGGGCAUUGGUUUAAGAAACAUCUCUACUGCGGAGAACGCAACUACCAAACCAGCUAGAUUUUCAAGAUCUGUUGAAGAAGUAAGGGUCAGUGUAGAUUCCAAAUUUUCAGAUGGUAACCUUGAAGGCACAGAACAACCUACAGGAUCGGAGAAUAGGUCAAGAGACAAGGAAAAGGAGGAUGACAGAAAUGCCACUGAUAGAACCAUGUCAGUUCGCAUGAUGCAGUCAAGAAUAGAUGGAGAUAAUGAUAACCCAAAUGCGGUGGAAAUGGAUGCACUAAAUGUUACUCCUCCAAGUAAUUAUGGUGGUAAAAGAAGUAGCAUUGAGCUGAACUACUCAGGAAGAAAACAGAAAGAGAACCCUGUAUCUACAUGUUGUAUGAAUGAUAAAGACAAUAAUUUCUGUGGCGUCAAUAGGUCAAAUAAUGCUGAUGUUUGCCUUGGAGCAACAUGUGGAUCCAUGUCCAGAUCUCCGGCCGUUGGAGAUUUUAAUAUUCCAGAAUUUUCUGAAAAUCAUAAUUUUAAUACUACAAUGGCAGUUCCCAUGGUGAGGUCAACAAUAGAUUUAAAUAGUAAUUCUCCAAAUGCAGUGGAAAUAGAUGCAGUAAAUUUUACUCCUGCGAAUUCCAAUGGCAAAAGAAGGGUCAUCAAGGGGAACUACUUGAGAAGGAAACAGAGAGAGAACCCUGUAUCCAGAUGCUCCAUGAAGGAUAAAGACAAAAUGUAUGUAAGAGAGGAAGUUGAACUCCCUGAUGAAAAAAGACCAAAGGGCAAUUCAUCACAAUCAGCUGUCCGCUCUAGGGUGAAAAUUAAGGCAUCAGAGGCAACAUUUAGUCAGUCUGUCAGACAAAGGUCAAGAAAUUUGUUGGGGACACCAAAAAGCAAAGGGAAGUUGAGGACACCAAACAGCAAAGGGAGGAAACAACACUCAUCGGCAAACAAAUCUAAAAGGAAAAUCGUUUUUGAUGCACAUGUAAGUCCUCUUACUCAGGAAAGAGAAGUAUGUAUAGUUUCUCCAGAAUCCCUGAGCAGUAAAAGAUCCAGAUCAGGGAGACUAGUUGUACCACCGCUUCAAUUUUGGCGCAACCAAAUCCCCAUAUAUGAUGUGGAUCGCAAUAUGAUUGGAAUCCAGGAAGACAAGCAUGUAUUAAAACCAUCUAGAGGUUUUUGAAGAUCAGAACAGGAAGCUUGUGUAUAUGGAGGAGGCUGAUCCUGUGGCGGUGUUGGUGGCUGGUAAUUGUGUUGCUGAAUAUCACUCACACUCUUUACCUUUUUUGAUUGACAACUUGUAUUGUCUGUAAAUUUUAAUGCAUAUCCUAAUAGUUUGAAAGUCUUUCGGUUUUAAAAUCAGGGACUUCAAAGAUACAAAGAUUACUCUUCCUUCAUUUUCUUUUUGGGUUCUGUAGCCAUUAGGCACCAGCCCAUGCAAAUGGGUUGUUAUUAUAUGAUAAAAAGGUAAACAACUAC